AUGGCAAUGGAAUCCGAGUACUAUACUGAACCCGACGAUGGUUCCCCUUUAUCUGAGGAUGAAUUGAUGCUCAACUUCCAUGUGGUGAAACCGCAGCACCCAUACGAGGAGGAGAGCCUGGUUGUUUUUCGAGUGCAGCGCAGACUGUUGGCGUCCGAGGAGUCCUCCAAAACCGUCGUACCCCUUCUGCUUUCCAGCACGAACAUCCCACAGUUCUUUCACGAUUGUCCUGGAUUUAUCGAUGCUGUUUCGGAGUGUGUUGGCUCGCUGCCUAGGGACACGCACUGCGUGCAUGUCUACAAUGUGGUCUUGGACAUCGCAGAGAUACGCGAGUUUCAUUGGGUUUUUUAUUUUACGUCUGAGGAGCUGAGCAGUAGGGACGAGGCCAUCUACCGGCUGUCGUUGGCAUAUCUCGAUUUGGAGCUAAAGAAGGUGGAACUUGAAGACCCUUCGGAUUGCGCCAUCUGCUUACAAGAGUUGCAGGCUGGGACUGAAGCUGCUUUGUUGCCAUGCUCACACGUCUACCAUCUCGGCUGCAUUCUUGCGUGGUUUCUUUGCGGUGAUAAUUGCCCCUUGUGUCGCUUCCGAGUCGUACACUGGAAUCUCAAUUCUUGGUACAUGGAUUGUCCCCAACUUCUUGAUCGAAUUGGAUGGUUCAGUAUAGAGUGA